AUGAAAACUUGGAAACCCAUAAAGGCCGUUGGAGACCAGUUUCUUAGCGACCCAUGUGGGAUUGGCCAUAUAUGUUCUCCUUGUGAAGCGUGGGAAGACGAGAUCAAAAGAAGAAGAUACCAGGAUGGACAAGAUUUCAAAGCUUCAACUGGGAAGCGCCUAAGGAAACGAGUGAGUGAAUCGAAAGAAGGCGAAGAAAGCAGUAAAAGGUCCAAAAGUUUACCAACCAGGAAAAGUGACGGAGCAGUAAAAACCGAAACAGGAGAUUAUUAUGAAUAUAUGUUGAAAUAUUUAUCAGAAAACAGUAUGUCGUCCAAGGAAUAA